UUGAUUUUUAACCCCGGGGCGCAAACAGUGGUUUAAACGAAGGCAAGAAUGGCGGCGAAGCGGUGCUUGGUGCUGUUCGACCUCGGCGGGGUCCUUUUCGGGUCCGGCGCGCAAGGUUUCCUCCGGAGCUUCCAAUCGCGGGGCAUUUCCGGUGAUUUCUUCCUCAAAGCCAUCUCCCAGGGAGGAGUCAAUGCACCGUUCUCCAGAGCGAUGGUCGGUCAGAUUGGCCUAACCCAGCUUAUUUCUGAGCUUGAAGAAGACUUCAAGAAAAUGGCGACCACUUCAGAGACCCCCCUUCCGGAGACGUUUUCAAUGGGCCAGAUCUUCCAAGAACUGUUUGCGCAAGAAGUCUUCAGCAUCCCUUUUCUGAAAGCAGCCCUGACCCUCAAGAACAAUGGUUUCAAGAUUGCUGUCCUGACCAACAACUGGCUCGAUGACUCCCCCAACAGACUGCACACGGGGCUGGUCCUUUGCCUGCUGCGCAGAUACUUUGACCAAGUGAUUGAGUCCUGCCGGGUCGGACUGCAGAAACCAGACCCCAAGAUAUAUGAAUAUACCCUGAAGGAGCUGAAAGCAAAGCCCGAGGAGAUUAUUUUCUUGGAUGACAUUGGUGCAAACCUGGUCCCUGCAAAGCAGAUGGGGAUGGCCACCAUCCUGGUGCAAAGUGAAGAAGCUGCGCUGAAGGAGCUGCAGGAUCUGACCGGCGUUCAGCUUCUCAACCAAGAAGAAAUCCUUCCAUUGCCAUGCGAACCAGAGAAUGUGGCCCACGGCUACGUGACCAUCAAGCCUCACACUCAGCUGCACUUUGUGGAGAUGGGCAGCGGUCCAGUGAUUUGCCUCUGCCACGGCUUCCCCGAGUCAUGGCUUUCUUGGCGGUUUCAGAUUCCCGCACUGGUUGAUGCUGGUUUCCGUGUGAUCGCUUUGGAAAUGAAAGGCUACGGCGAUUCCACAGCUCCGCCAGAUAUAAAAGAAUACUCCCAGGAAGAAAUAUGCAAGGAUUUGGUGACAUUCUUGGACAAAAUGGGCAUUUCCCAGGCCACCUUUGUCGGCCAUGACUGGGCUGGUGCCACCAUCUGGAGCAUGGCUCUCUUCUACCCUGAGCGAGUCAAGGCAGUGGCCAGUCUGAACACACCUUACAAGCCUGCAAACCCCAAAGAAGACAUUAUGAAGCGGAUCAAAGCCAACCCCAUAUUUGAUUAUCAGCUCUAUUUCCAGGAGCCGGGAGUUGCAGAGGCCGAACUGGAAAAGGACUUGAGCAGGUUCCUGAAGGCGAUGGUGCGAUCUGCCAAGAAGGAGGACUGGAUAAAGGGAGCUUCGAUUGACUUCACCAACGUACGGAAAAGAGGAGGCCUGCUGGUGGGAGUUCCCGAAGACCCUCCUCCAAGUUCUCUCCUCCCAGAGCCUGUCCUCCAAUACUUCGUCCAGCAGUUUAGAAAAUCUGGAUUAAGGGGGCCAAUCAACUGGUAUCGGAACAUGGAGGCAAACUGGCGCUGGCUUGGCUCUGCCUACGACAGGAAGAUCAGGGUUCCUGUGCUGAUGGUUACUGCCGGGAAGGACUUGGUUCUCCGUCCAGAGAUGAGCAAAGGCAUGGAAGAAAAGAUUCCAGAUUUGACCCGUGGGCACAUUGAGGACUGCGGACACUUCACACAAAUGGAGAGGCCUGCAGCUUUGAACAAAAUCCUCAUCGAUUGGCUGGAAAAGAUCUACAAGAACACUUCGCUGCAAACCGUGGCCAAGCUCUGAGCAAGACUUUGGGAUUUGAUGUUAUUCUUUGCUAAGAUUAGCUCAAUAUUGCAUCAGCUCAAUGGGGGAUUCUGGACCUUGUAGUAUCAAUGAGCUCUGAUUCUGACUCUUGGGAGACAAAUUGAACUUCUUGGGAAUCUUAGCAUCUUCUCUUAAUUUUGUUUAAGCCUUUAAGUCUCCUUCCUUUGAGGUUUGAAAGAUAAACCUCUGGAUAUUUGGUGGGAUCGCGACCUGGUGACAAUCUGAGGCAAUGAUGAUUAUUACACUAUGUAACAUAAUUUUAGUUCCUGGGCUAUAAAUGUCAUUCCUUAAAUGGUUCUAUCAUCAAAACAUGGGAAAAGUUUACUAAACUGCAAAAACUUUGUUUUUACGGGACGUCCUGCAGCACAUUUUGCUAUAGUUUCCAAUGAGAAUCUCAUUGAGUCUCAACCAAUUCGACAUACUUUGUUGCAGCCACAAAAACAAAGUUUCUGGAAUAUAACAACUACUUUCAAAGUAUCACACAAUUAAACAGGAAAUAACACUUUCAAACCAGGAACAGAACACCUUUCAAAUUGGGUUGCAUAGUUUAAUCGGGGGUGAAAUUUAGGAUUCUGAAUCUAUGAUUAAGAUUUUAAUACACAACUUUAAGAUUUUAAUACACAACCUUGCCUUACAGUCAGCAGGGAGUGUAUCUGGGGUCCCUUUAACUACAAAUGUGCCUUACUACUGAAUAGAAGCCCCUGUUUCAAGCCAUUAAGGUGCCUUAAGAUGUAUAGUUGCUUCUAAGCUGGAAAGACAAUUUGGAAAUGUUGACUUCUCAAACUUCUUCCAGGAAUUUUUCACCCAAAAUAUAAUUUUUCAUAUUGUUGGAAUUCUUGGGUGGUUGGUUGUAUUGAUGCCCUUGCUGAUACGGCUGCUUUUAUUGCUCCAAAAACUUGUAAAAAAAUCAGUAAUGAACAAAA